AUGACUAUGAAAUCGAUGAAGUACUCCGAUUGUGAUACAAUUAUGGAUGGCUAUAAUCCAGUGCCGCCUCCAUUGCCGCGACGUGUGCCGCCAGUGCGUAAUAUCUAUGCCGAGCCCUUUGCACACGAGCCGAACCAUUCCAGCAGAUUGGGCGGCCACCCACAACAGAUGCCACAAAGUAUGUCAACUGGCAGCAACACAAUCGGCCAUGGUGGCAUCGAUCGCGGCGGCGUCGGCAUGCCAAUGGGCGCUGGUACCAUGCCCGGCGGUGUGGGCGUUGGCGGCCAAGUGGGCGGGCCGCAAGUGUCUGUCGGUCCGCCGGGCAGCGGAGUUGCCGGUCCGCAUUGCCAGAUAAGCGGCUCACAGCCAUUGGUUAUGCCUGGAUUCCCGUUGCGUAAUUCGCACUCAGCGCAUGCACCACAUUAUUCGCCAUAUUCACCAUCCAGGUUUCACAUAGAUAAACGCUGUCAACACCGAUGUUCCUGGAAAUGCUUGAGCAUCGCCUUAAUAUUCAUAUCCGUCGUCCUAACCGCCAUGUUGGCAUACUUUGCAGCAGUCAGUUCGAUGAAACCGAACAUGGACAGCUCCAAUUGCAUCCUAGUCCAAGACGUCAAGUCGCAGCCGCACGAUCUGCGCGGCGGCGCAGGCAAAAGCGGCGACAACAAGGCGCAACCGGGUGGCGCCACAGCCUAUCCCACUGAGGAAUCGAUACAGACCAGCACCUCCGAUCAUGGCAGCAAUGGCGGCACUGGUGGCUCCGGCACGGCAGCCGGCGCCACGGGCAUACAGCAACAACUUCUUCUGCAGCAGCAGCAGCCACACGCCAUCAACCAACCACUGACGCCGCUGGACGCGACCAACACUCAGUUACAGGAUCAACUUACCUAUGGCGGUGCAGCCGGCGGGCUAGGCCAGCAGCAGCAUAAUCUAUUGCUCCAGCAAACGGGCCAUCAUCAUCCGGUGCUGCAGCAGCAGCAGGGCGUCGGUCUGAGCGGUGGCCAAUGGCCGCAGGUGGUUGAGCUGAAGGACUUCAAUGAGCUGUACCAUGCCAAUAUACCGGCCUAUCAAUUCUGGACACUCGAGUUUCGCAACAAGCAUCCGGCCUUCAUUCGCUUCAACUUCACCCUGCCCUGGGGCGCCCACUUUGCCGUCUACUCGCGCCGCAAUGUGGCGCCCUCGGUGACGCAGCACGACUUUGUGGAGUUCAUAAAGGGCGGACGACUCGAUAGCCAUUUGCGACAUCGCCGCAGUGCCGGUAACUCGACCCAUGCUAACAAGGAUCUAGGCCUGAUUGAUGAGGAUCUGGAUCAGGCCGAGGAGGAAAUGGAAGCCAGCAGCGAGGAGCAAUCGCCAGCCGGCCUGGACUCUAUGGAAUACUUUGACCUGGAGACGCCCGCGGACAAUGUUAAGCAACAAAUGCCACAUGCCACCACAGCCAGCCUGUCGCAUACUCUGCACAAGCGCUCCGCUGCGGAUGGUGGUGCUGGUGGUUUGCCGGCCCUCGACAUGGAUGCAAUGACCGUGAAUGUUUCGCUUUUGCAAUAUCUGGACACUGGCUUGUGGUUCAUAUCCGUUUACAAUGAUGAGCUGGUCGCCCACUCCGUUUCCCUGCUCGCCGAGGAGGCCGAGGGCGUUAGCACCACCUGUCCCAAUGAUUGUUCGGGGCGUGGUAGCUGCUAUCUGGGCAAAUGCGACUGCAUUGAUGGCUAUCAAGGCGUUGACUGUUCCAAAAGCGUUUGUCCGGUGCUCUGCUCGGCGCAUGGCCACUACGGCGGCGGCGUCUGCCACUGCGAGGACGGCUGGAAGGGUGCGGAGUGCGACAUACCGGUUGGCGAGUGCGAGGUGCCAAAUUGCUCCAGCCACGGCCGCUGCAUCGAGGGCGAGUGCCACUGCGAGCGCGGCUGGAAGGGACCCUAUUGCGAUCAACAUGAUUGCCUUGAUCCAUUGUGCUCCGGCCAUGGCACCUGCGUGGCCGGGCAAUGCUAUUGCAAGGCCGGCUGGCAGGGCGAGGAUUGCGGCACCAUUGAUCAGCAGGUGUACCAGUGCCUGCCCGGCUGCUCCGAGCAUGGCACCUACGACUUGGAAACGGGACAAUGCGUCUGCGAGCGCCACUGGACGGGACCAGAUUGUUCGCAAGCCGUCUGCAGCUUGGACUGUGGCCGUAAUGGGGUCUGCGAGUCGGGAAAAUGCCGUUGUAAUACCGGCUGGACGGGCAAUCUGUGCGAUCAGCUGCCCUGCGAUGCCCGCUGCUCGGAGCAUGGACAGUGCAAGAAUGGCACCUGCGUUUGCUCCCAGGGCUGGAAUGGAAGGCACUGCACGCUGCCUGGUUGCGAGAACGGCUGCUCACGUCACGGUCAGUGCACUCUGGAGAAUGGCGAAUAUCGCUGCGAUUGUAUUGAAGGCUGGGCUGGCAGCGACUGUUCCAUAGCUUUGGAAAUGAACUGCAAGGACAACAUUGACAACGAUGGCGAUGGCAUGACGGACUGUUCAGAUAGCGAGUGCUGCUCGCAUCCAGCCUGCUCCGAGCACAUCAUGUGCCUCUCGUCCAACGAUCCGGUUGAGGUGCUGCUCCGCAAGCAGCCGCCCUCGGUGACGGCCUCGUUCUAUCAGCGGGUGAAGUUCCUCAUCGAAGAGAACUCAGUACAGUCGUAUGCGCAUAUGGAUGAGUAUAGCGAGAAUCUCUUCUGGAGCUCGUUCACACCUUGUCGCGUUUCGGUUAUGCGCGGCCAGGUCAUAACGCCCCAGGGACUUGGCAUUGUUGGCAUACGCGUUUCGGUGGAUCGUGACUCACGCUUUGGCUUCACCCUGACACGACAGGGCGGCUGGUUCGAUGUGCUGGUUAAUGGCGGCGGUGCCGUCACCUUGCAAUUCCAACGCUCACCCUUCCGCCCACUCACCCGCACCGUCUUCGUGCCCUGGAAUCGUAUUGUAGUCCUGCCUCCGGUGCAGAUGCAGCUGAGCGACGAUGACGAGACCACCAGUCGCAAUAUCAAGGUGGCUCCUUUGAAUCCAGCGCUGACAUUCCUCAACUCCAUACACUAUCACACGGCGGACGAAGCGAACGAUGCGAGCAAAGUUUGCAUGGAUCACGAUCACGAGAAGUUGAAGCCGCAGCUGAUAAGCACCUGGAUGCCAAAUGGUGUCGGCGCCAUGCCCGGCAAGCGCGUCAUCUUUGCCGAGACUCAGAUCGUGCAGGAAUCCAUUCAAAUACCUGGCUCGGAUCUGCACCUUACCUACCAGUCCUCGCAGGCUUCCGGCUAUUUGAGCAUUGUGCGCAUGCGCUUAACCUCGGAGGCAAUACCCAAGACCCUAACCCAUGUGCAUGUGGGCGUGGAGAUCGAGGGCGCACUCCAUGUGAAGACGUACGAGGCCGAUCCGAAUCUGAUACACACGUUCGCCUGGAACAAGCGCAACGUCUACAGGCAGAAGGUCUACGGGGUGACCAUCGCUCGCAUCUCCGUGGGCUACCAACACAGCACGUGCCAGACUCCCGUUUGGAUAACACAGACGGCCAAGCUGCAGGGCUACGAUGUGGACAUCUCCGAUAUUGGGGGCUGGGGUCUGGACAUACAUCACCAUUACAACUUCCAUGAGGGCAUCCUCCAGAAGGGCGAUGGCUCCACGCUGCACAUGAAGGAAUACCCACGGACCGUCAAGGUCGUCAUGGGCACAGGUCUACAGCGUCCGCUCAAUUGUCCGGACUAUUGCAAUGGCGUUGCCAAGGAUGCCAAACUGUUGACACCCAUCGCACUGGCCACGGGACCCGAUGGCAGCCUCUAUGUGGGCGACUUUAAUCUGGUGCGCCGCAUCACGCCCGACGGCAAGGUCUUCACCAUACUCCAGCUGAGCGCAACGCAGGUCUCGUAUCAAUACUAUCUGGCCGUUUCGCCGGCUGAUGGGCAUUUGUAUAUCUCGGAUCCGGAACGGCAUCAGAUACUGCGCCUGCUGCGCCUUGAGAAAGUCAAGGAUCCCAGCAUCAAUAGUGAACCCGUCGUGGGCAGCGGUCAGCGUUGCAUACCCGGAGACGAGGGCAAUUGCGGAGAUGGCGGCCCGGCGCUGCAGGCGCGUCUCUCCCAUCCCAAGGGCUUGGCCAUUGCCGCCGAUCGCACCAUGUACAUUGCCGAUGGCACCAAUAUACGCGCUGUGGACCCGAAGGGCGUCAUUCAUACGCUUAUUGGCCAUCAUGGUCAUCACAAUCACUGGAGUCCGGCACCGUGCUCGGGCACGCUGAUGGCCAACCAGGCGCAGCUGCAGUGGCCAACGGGUCUGGCGUUGAGUCCACUCGACGGCUCGCUUCACUUCAUCGACGACCGUCUCGUGCUCCGGCUCACCUCCGAUAUGAAGAUACGCGUCGUGGCUGGCACCCCGCUGCACUGCAGCAACAAUGGUCAGGAUAGUCGCGUCAACAAGACAGCCACGGACAAUGUGCUGGGCACAGUGCUGGCCAUGGCCUUCUCACCCUUCGGCGAUCUCUACAUAGCGGACAGCGAUUCAAGGCGCAUCAAUUCCAUACGCGUCGUAGAUACCGCCGGCAACAUGCGUUACUUUGCUGGCAAACAGGAGGGCACGGGCACGCAGACCUGCGACUGUGCAAUUGGAAACGGCAGCAAUGGCUCUGCGGCCACCGGACUGGGCGUGGCCAAUGGAGGCGCCUACUCAACGACCGUGAAUCCGACACGCAAUAAUGGCGGCACCACGCCAACGACACCAGCUGGCGGAAACGGAAAUAAUGGCAGCUCUGCUGCUGGCAACGGCGGCAGCGGCGCUGGCGUUCUCAACAGCAGCGGCGUCUGCGUCUGCCCCGGCGGCGGCAUCUCGGGCAGCAACUCGGGCACACUUGCCGGCAUUGUGGCCGGCGGCAGCCUAAUGUCCACCGGACCCACCACAACCACAACUGUGCUGCUAGGCGCCAAGACAACAGCUGGCGGCGCCGGCUCCAAUCUGGGCUCAGGUGCCACCCUCAACGACGACGGCACCCUGAGCAAUGCCGAGACUCUGCUCUCCUCAAACGCUCGCUUCCAGGCCAUCUCGGCUAUAGCGGUUGCCCAGGACGGCGUCAUCAAUGUGGCUGAUCAAGGUUCACUGCACGUGCUUGCUUUGGAGCAUUAUCUGCCAUCGCAUGAUGAGAAUGGCGAGUUCCAUAUACCAUUCCCGCCCUCGAGCGAGAUUUAUGUAUUCAAUCGGUAUGGACAGCAUGUGGCCACCAAGGAUCUGACAUCAGGCAAGACGCGCUACAGUUUCCUCUACUCGAAAAACACGAGCUUCGGCCGUCUCUCGACCGUGACGGAUGCGUCGGGCAACAAGAUACAGUUCCUGCGCGAUUAUAGCAAUGUGGUUAGCUCUAUCGAGAAUACGCAGGAUCACAAAUCGGAGAUACAGAUCAACGGCAUUGGCAUCAUGACCAAGCUGAGCGAGAAGGGUCGCCAGGAGAUAGAGCUGGACUACGACAGCAAUACGGGCCUGUUGAACUCACGAUCGUCGGGCGGCGAGACGUACAUCUAUCAAUACGAUGAAUUCGGACGUGUCACGGGCAUGAUACUACCCAGUGGCGAGAUUGUACGCAUAACCUCACAGCUGGCGGAUAACAAGGGACUCACCAUUUACGUGCACGCCUCCGUCGAAUCGUUGUUCUCCAGGGAACGCAUUGCCGGCGCCGGCUCUGGCGAUGGCAAUGCCAACGAGCUGCUGGUGCUGGGCGGCGUUCGAUCCACCUUCUUGAAACGCGGCCGCGCCCAUGCUGAUGCUGAGCUAAAGGCCAACAACACGCUGGUCAUACAUGGCGCCAAUGGUGUUGUGGUGGAGGCCUCGGCUGUGGCCAGGCAUCCAUUGCUAGAGGCUGCUCUGCCCGUGGAGGCGGAGAUGCUGGCCAUGUGGUCGCACCAGAGCGUUACCAUGGGCGACGGGCUCACCAAUUCGAUGUACUCUGUCUACAAUCUGGUUGGAGAUGUGCGUAACCCACAGCAAACGCUAAAUCGCGAGAUUUGGGUGAAUCAGUCGCGUGUAAUUGGUGUCGAGUUUGAUCAGUUCACCAAUCGCGAGACCUUCUACGACGCCCAACGCACUCCCAUACUGAUCGUGGCCUACGAUCAGUCCGGCCUGCCCAAAUCCUACUAUCCGACCAAUGGCUAUCCGGUGAACAUUACCUACGAUCGGUUCAAUCGCGUUGAGGGCUGGGCCUGGGGUCCAGCGGAGCUCAAGUAUAGCUACGAUCGGCACGGCUUGCUCUCGGAGAUCACUUCACAGCAGGAUGGCAUCAUUAGCUUUGUCUACAAUGACUGGAACCUCGUCUCCGAGAUCGGCCUGGCUAGCCAGCGCAAGUUUGUGCUGCAGUACGAUGACGCCGGUGGCCUGCGGCACGUGGUGCUACCCUCGGGCACCCGGCACAGCUUCAGCAUGCAGACCUCCAUUGGCUUCAUUCGCUGCACCUACACUCCGCCGGGCAGCACUCGCGCCUAUUUGCAGCACUACAGCCAUGCGGGCGCCCUGCUCCAGACCAUAUUGCCGGGUGAUGGCGCCAGGAUUGUCUAUCGCUACAAUGCGGCCGGCCAGUUGACGGAGGUGGUCCACGGCGAUGGACGCAGCGAGUUCCAGUAUAACGAUGCCACCGGCAUGCCCAGCACAGUGUCCCACGCGGAGCGCGAGCUGGAAUAUCGCUGGGACUUCGAGUAUGCCGCCGGCUUGCUCACCGAAGAGCGCAUCGACUAUGUGGCCAAGACGGGCCUAAGCAAUGCCAAGUUCAGCUACGAGUAUGACAGUCAGCUGCGCGUGGUGGCGCUGCAGGGACGCAUUGGUGGCCAGAGCCUGCCCAGCCAGGCGUAUGCCUACGACAAGCGCACCGGCCAGCCCAGCCUGAUUGGACAGUUCAAGUUUACUCGUCCGGCUCUGAAUCAGACCCAGUUGCACGAUGGCACCGCCGGCUUCACGCGCACCGUCGACGGCCGCUUCCAGACGCAGCGCAUGGCCCUGGCCAUACAUCGUCUGGAGGUGUUCCGCAUGGAGUUCUCGUACGGUGUACACGGACGCAUCUCCCAGACCCGCACCUAUACCCGCAACAUGGCCGUUAACAGCUAUACGAACGUGAAGAACUAUACGUGGGACUGCGAUGGGCAGCUGGUGGGCGUGGAGGCGCAGGAGCCGUGGGGCUUUCGCUACGACGACAAUGGUAAUCUGCUGUCUCUCACAUAUCGCGGCAAUACCAUACCCAUGGAAUACAAUGCCCAGGAUCGGAUUGUCAAGUUCGGCGAGGGCCAGUACAAGUACGAUGCCAGGGGCCUGGUUGCCCAGAAUGCGCGAGAGGAGCGCUUCCAUUAUAAUACACAGGGCUUGCUGGUGCGCGCUUCGAAGCGUGGACGCUUCGAUGUCAGAUACUAUUACGAUCAUCUAAAGCGUUUGACCACGCGCAAGGAUAACUUUGGCAAUGUCACCCAGUUCUUCUAUACGAAUCAGCAGCGACCCUUCGAGGUCUCCCAGAUCUAUUCACCGCGCGACGGCAAGCUGAUGUCCUUGACUUACGACGAUGUCGGGCAUCUGAUCUAUGCACAGGUCUACAGGCACAAGUACUAUGUGGCCACCGAUCAAAGCGGCACGCCCCUGAUGCUCUUCAAUCAGUAUGGCGAGGGGAUAAGGGAGAUAAUGCGUUCACCCUUUGGUCAUAUUGUCUACGAUUCGAAUCCGUACUUGUAUCUGCCCAUUGAUUUCUGUGGCGGCAUCUUGGAUCAGGUCACCACGCUGGUCCACAUGGGCGAUGGGCGUGUCUAUGAUCCAUUGAUUGGCCAAUGGAUGUCGCCCGAUUGGCAGCGUGUCGCCGAGCGCAUCAUCACGCCCACCCGCCUACAUUUGUAUCGGUUUAAUGGAAACGAUCCUAUCAACGUGGGCCAGGAGCGACACUACCCCGCCGAUUUUGCCAGCUGGCUGCGCACCCUCGGCUACAAUGUGGCCAAUCUAAUGCCGCAAUUGGCCAAGGAAUUGUGGCAGCCGCCGGCGCUCUGGGGCCGCCCGCCGUCCAAUCCAAUUGCGCUGAACAUGCGCCGUCCCUUCGAUAAUAUACCCACCAUGGCCGUUGAGAGCGGCUUCCUGGCGCAUCUCAAUGUGCGCCGCAUGUCCGACUUUGAGCAGCUGUCGGCCCCACCGCGCUCGGCUCUCAAAUGCGAUGUGAUGGAUCCGUCGCCGCGAAUCAUUGGCUCCGAUACCGAACCGCCGUUUGGCAAGGGCAUUGUGGUCUCCAGGACAGCCGACGGGCAGGCAAUUGUGUCCAGUGUGCCGGCCGCGAAUGCCAUCUAUCGGGAUGUCUAUACGAGCGUCUUCAAUCGGUCCAAGCUGUUGCCGUUUACCUUUGUGGUGCACAAUGCACAGCAGGAUUCGUUCUUCUUUGUCAAGGAGGAUGCGUGGCGUGCCAGCGAGGAUCGACAGCAGCUAAAGCGUCUGCAGGGCCAGGUCAAUACCACCUUCCAUGAGAUCACGCGCGAGUCCACGCCCGGCGGUGCAGCUGGCGGCUCAAGCGGCACCGGCAGCGGUGCAGCCGCAGCUGCUGGCACCGCCUCCGGUGGCAAUUAUUUGGAUGUAAAGAUCCAUGGCGCCCAUGCGAUCAUCAAUUUGCGCUACGGCACCACCGUCGCCAAGGAGCAGCAACGUCUUAUGCACCACGCCAAGCUAACGGCCGUCCGCAAGGCCUGGCAUCGCGAAAAGGAGGUGCUGCGCAGUGGUUUGACCACGGCCCUAGAGUGGACACAGCAGGAGAGCGACGAGAUACUCAAGCAAAGCUAUGCCAACAACUAUGAGGGUGAGUACAUACACGAUGUCGCCCUCUAUCCGGAACUGGCCGAGGAUCCCUACAACAUCAAGUUCGUGAAGAAGAAGGGCGCCACUGGCGGCGCGGCGGGCGUCUCCAAUGCGCAGCGCCGGCGCCGCAGCCUCAGCUGGUCCACCGACGAGCACGAUGCGACGGCGGAGGCGGAGGCGGAACCGGUCGCCUGUUAGCUCCUAGAAACCCCAAAAACAACAAAACAAUACGAAACAAAACAAAAGCCCACUAAAUAUAAUUAAAUAUUUAUAAUUAUCAUAAUUACGAGUAUUAUAGCCA